GAGUGUUUGGUGUGCUUCAGUUAUUGAAGAAGUUCAGACUGGACACACUUUACACGGGAACCACAGAGGUGACAGGGGAGGAGUACUGUGUAGAGCCUCUAGACGAUGGUCCAGGAGCCUUCCGUUGCUAUUUGGACGUUGGGCUCAUGAAGACCAGCACUGGCGCUAGAGUGUUUGGUGCCAUGAAGGGUGCUGUGGACGGAGGACUUAAUAUACCUCAUAGCACAAAGAGAUUCCCUGGCUAUGAUGCAGAGGGUAAGAACUUCAAUGCCGAAGUUCACCGCAAACAUAUAUUCGGCCUACAUGUUGCUGAAUAUAUGAGGCAGUUGUCAGAAGAGGAUGACGAUGCCUAUAAAAAACAAUUUUCGCAGUAUAUCAAAUUGGGAAUAAAUGCUGAUGGGAUGGAGACCAUGUAUAAGAAUGCCCACUCAGCAAUCCGAGCAGACCCAACACUGAAGGGUCCUGCAAAGGAGAAGACACCUGUCAAAAAGAGGUGGAAUAGAGCCAAGCUCACCCUCUCAGAGCGAAAGAACAGAAUACAACAGAAGAAAGCUCACUACCUCAAGAGCAUCAAAGAAGAGGCGGAAGCUUAAUUUUAUUGUUGUUCUUUAAAUAAAAAUUUUAAAGAA